UGCCACCUCGAGCCCUGAGGUCCAGCCUGAAUGCGCUGGAGAAAAUGCCGUUUGCCUUUUCCGCAAACGCUGUCUCACCAAUCUGCUCCCGGAGAGAUUUGUCAUGGCUGACUUGCUCAACUACGCUGACCCUGUGACCAAAAGGUUGUUGCAAUCGAAAGAAACCAAAGCCAAAAGGAAUCAGGGAGCAGAGCAAGAGUUGCGCAUCAAAGCCCUGGACACUCCUGGCUUGGAAGAUUCUCAAGGGAAAGAUGAUGAGAAUGUGUUGAAGAUCAUCGAUGCUGUCUCCAUGAUGGGGUCCUUGACAGCCAUUGUGAUCGUUUGCAGGUUCGACGCUCCACCAGCUGAAAAUUGGAAGCAGCAUGUCCUUCGUUAUUGGAAGCUGUUUCCUAUGUUGCAGGCCCAAUGGAUAGUUGUGCACACCCGUGCAGACCCUUUUUCUUCCUACACAGACCGCGAAGAUUCUUCAUUUGAGCAGACAUGCCAGGAACGCAGGGAGCUUGUGGAUCAAGCCAUCCGAGAAGUCACUCAGGAUGACAGGUUUGAAGCUGCCCACAUCUUCGUAGAGAACAACAUCAAAGACAACCAGGUCCUCAAAGCUUACUUUGCACAUCAGCAGAACACCUUGAGCUCUCUCAUUGCUACCUUUCAACCCAUCCCAAUUGAGAACAUCCGUUUUCAGAAGGGCAAGGACUUGAAUAGCCUGGACCAAACUUUGCUUGCAGCUUUUGAGGCAGAGAUCGACACGGUAGUCAAGACCUUGGAAGAUGUUAAGCAUGAGACUGCUGCGAUUUUGAAGCUUCAGGAGUUAAACUUUCAGGAAACAAAGGACAUUCGCUGCACUCUAAAUGGCAUCGACCAGAAAUUGAAGGACAUAGACCAUCAUGGGCCUGUCGUGACAGCCUCGAAGUACCUCAGUGCACCUUGGGGCUUUUUUUGGAGCCCCGAAGCUUCUGCAAACUUGAAUCCUGAUCGCGCAGAUGCUGUUCUGGAGAUUGAAGACUUCACGGGCUAUGAUGGAAAGUAUUUGAAAAGGAAGUGCGAGGACGUGAAGAAUGUCUUGCCAGACGGUCGUGUUGAACUCAGGGUCUCCUUGCACGUGCCACAUUUUUUCACACGCUUGGAAGCCAGAGUGAAGACGACUGGCCCCAGCAAUGUUGUGAAGGCCAAGGACAUUGAAGAACUCAAAAGCGAGCAGAAGAAAUUUGCACAAAAGCUGGAAGAACUUGAAGCCCAACAAGAGAAGACAAUGGCAACAUAUCAAUACAGGUGUGAAAGGAAUUAUACACUUGAGAAAAGACAUGCAGAAGUGGUGGAUUUGCGGCUCUUCCUGAUGUCCGAGUGGUCUAUUGGCACCUACAAGUCUUUCCAUCAGUUCUACCAGGAGGCAAAAAGUCUUGAUCAUCAAGAUCAUCGUGAUGUCAAAGAAAAAUUUGAAAAGAUUUGGAGGGAAACUCACAGAGGGUCCCGGAGUGACAAAGAAUCCAGGAAUACCCAGCAGUGCAGCUGAGCUGCAAAGCAGCGCUGGCCGAGAAUUUUGUUAGAAAACCUUAAUGGACUUUGAGGGAAGCUCAAAGAGGGGUCCAAGAAUGACAAGGGAUCCAGGAAUGCCCAGCUGCAAAGCAGCGCUGGCCGAGAAUUUUCGUCACUAAUGUGUCGGACAUGAAUGAGAUUGCGCGAAUCGUUGCUUGGAA